GAGACACCACUGUGGUCUGUAGCCAAAAUCGACCCUGCAAUCAUAGUUCACUCACCAGAAAAGAAAAUGCAGUCACAACACACGCGAUCCCUUGAUUUGGAAUGAACUUGCCACCUUUUUACCAUAUAUCUUAGUGACCCUACCACUGAUUUGGAAGCAACCUACCAGUCUUCAGACCAAAAGUAGACAAGAGCACAUGCAGGUAACUUUUAGGCGAUGCCGAGCUCCUUUCCUCGACCCUCCUUCUGCUCCAUCUUGUAAGCAGACAUGGAAGCAGCAGCAGACGAGGAGAGGCCCCUGCUACAUCUGCAACCGCUGCUUAAUCAGGAUGUAGGUUCAGAAUACACCAGCGAUGGAUCUGUUGACAUCAACAAUCAGCCUGCUCUGAAGCACAACACAGGCAAUUGGAGGGCGUGCUACAUGAUUUUAGGCGUCGAGUUUUGCGAAUGCGUCGCCUUCUUUGCAAUCGCGUCCAACUUGGUGACCUACCUCACCACGGUGCUCCACGAAAGCAAGGUCGCCGCCGCGCGGGAUGUCUCUGCCUGGGUUGGCGCAUGCUUCCUCGCGCCACUUAUUGGGGCCUUCUUGGCUGACACAUAUCUGGGAAGAUACUGGACGAUGGUUGUUUCCCUUCCGGUCUACACCAUUGGGAUGCUCGUGCUCACGGUCUCAGCAUCAGUCCCGACAUCCUACUACCAUGGUGAUGUUCAUCAUGCUGUGGUGGUGUACCUAGGACUUUAUCUUGCCGGGCUUGGGAGCGCUGGCAUCAAACCCUGCGCGUCGGCCUUCGGCGCCGACCAGUUCGACAGCGGGGACCUGACAGAGCUGGAGAAGAAGGGCUCCUUCUUCAACUGGUACUACUUCCUGCUCAAUCUCGGCUCCCUUCUGUCGAGCACACUGCUUGUUUGGCUGCAGGACAAUGGUUGGUGGGGGCUCAGUUUCGCGAUCCCAACGGUGCUCAUGGCCUUGGGCCUAGCAGUGUUUGUUGGUGGCUCCAGAGUGUACAGGUUCAGGAAACUGAGAGCAAGCCCAUUCACGAGCAUCUGUCAGGUGCUCGUUGCGGCCAUCAGGAAGUGGCAUGUGCAACUGCCAGAUGAUAUAUCGUCCUUGUACGAGCCGACCAGUUCGUCAUCAGCACCUGAAUCAAGUCACAAUAUUCAGCAUACGAAUCAAUUCAGGUUUCUAGACAAGGCUGCCGCAGUGCUGCCCCCGUUAGACAAGACAUGCACGGCGUUGCCGAUGUGUUCAUGGAGUUUCUGCACAGUGACCCAAGUUGAGGAGCUGAAGAUACUGCUACGGAUGUUACCCAUCUGGGCGUCGUUCGUGAUCUUCUACUCAGUCGCUGGGCAGAGCGCAUCGACAUUUAUCGAGCAGGGGAUGGUCAUGGACAACCACGUCGGCCAGUUCGCAAUCCCACCUGCCUCCCUCUCUAUUGUCAACGUGUUCAGCGUCCUUAUUGGGGUUUUCAUCUACGAAUCCGUGCUAGUGCCACUCGUGCGGCGUUAUACCGGCAAGGCGAAGGGCUUCUCGCAGACGCAGCGCCUUGGAAUUGGCUUUGCACUGUCCAUGCUGACCAUGGUGUACUCAGCAAUGCUUGAGAUGAAAAGGCUGGCCAUCGCGCAAGCCAGUGGCCUGGCAGACCAGAAUGUGCCUGUGCCAGUGAGCAUUCUGUGGCAAGUUCCUGCAUAUGUAAUGCAAGGUACAGCUGGGGUUUUCACAGGAAUCGGAAUGGUGGAGUUCUUCUACGAUGAGGCCCCUUACACCAUGAAGAGCCUUUGUGCAGCAUUCUCGCAGCUUGCAGUUGCGUCCGCGGCUUACUUCAACGCACUCGUAUUUAGUGUUGUUGCGGUGGCCACGAAGCACGGUGGUGCGCCUGGAUGGAUCCCGGAUAAUCUGAAUGAAGGGCACUUGGACUAUUUCUUCUGGAUGAUGGCUGCUCUUAGCUUACUGAAUCUGGCGCAAUUUGUGCACUACUCCAUGAGGCAUAGAGAGAAGACAACUUCUUGACACAAAAUGGUGAACACUGGACAGAAGCUUAUUGACUUUCCUAUCAUAUCACAACAAAGAUGGCUUCUAUGCAGUAUCUGUGGAUGGCGCACAGCAUUAUCCAUCAGAAUGAUAGAUAAUAAACUGAAACUUCAAUUUUUAUCAUUGUAUAUAUGGUUUUACUUCCGCCUAUUCUCUGUACUUAGCAGCCAACUUCAAACCAAGAGAAGAAUUUGAGACAAAAUUAAAUAAGUUCUUUGGUGUGGGCGGAUGAGCUGGUUAUGCCCCCACAACUUCAAGAGAUCAUUUGAUGCAAAUCAGAGUAUGGUUAACUGAUGAGAUCA